AUGUCUCAGAACGACAGCACCAAGAGCCCGGUGGGCUUGGACUCCAAACAGAGCGCCAACUUCACUACACCUGGACAGCAUGGGCUACCGGAGUCUCCAAGUGCACAAAAGCUAACGUCCUUGGACAUGAGCAUGCCGAGGCUGUACGGAGCUCGUUGGAUCCUGUGCUUCCCCUUACAACCUGACACCGACACAGCCCAAGUCUACGAGAACUUGAAGCUUGGACUUGCACACACAAUCAAGUCUGUUCCGUGGAUUGGAGGAAACAUUGCACCCGAGGAGGGACAAGACCCUAAGGACAACCGAAUCCAAAUUGUGGACUCGUCAGACGGCGUCAGAUUCCCAUAUUGCGAUCUCACCGGAACCCUCCCAUCGUAUGAAGAGUUGAAGAAGGACAAUUUCCCACUUUCCAGACUCUCGACUGCGCAGCUCGGCCCUAUCGGAGUCUUUGCCGAAGGACCUCAGCCCGUCAUGGCAGCACAGGCGAACUUCAUACAAAAUGGGCUGCUGCUGGCAGUCGGGGUUCACCACUCAGCCUGUGAUGCCUCUGCGCUCGACAACAUUGUUGGCAUCUGGUCGGCCAACACAGCAGCAGCGUCUGGAUCCGGUUCCUUCACCACGUAUGACGCUCAAUCCAACGACCGCAGCCCUUUGAUGAAGGGCAUGUCAGGAGCCCAAUUGGGCGACUUCCCUGAGUACAUGCUCGUGCCCAGCGCCGGCUCGUCUAUGCCGCAAAUGCCUGCGACGUUUCAAAUGCCACCACUUGUUACGCGUAUCUUCCGCUUUUCUCCAGAGGCACUUGCUGGGCUCAAGGCUGCGGCGGCAGCAUUUUCGACCCACGAUGCUCUCUGUGCCUUUAUUUGGCGCCACAUGACAUUGGCUCGAAGGAAUCCUGGUGCUUCUACUUCUAGUACGGCCGGUAACAGUGGCGACGAAACCUCUGUUUUGGCCUUUGCCGUCAAUAUUCGCGGCCACACAAGCCCGCCCCUUCCACCGACCUAUUUGGGCAACGCCUCAAUGGCCUCAGUGACAAGCCGGUUCCCAACAUCGACCCUCACGGCGGAUGAUGGUCUCUCCUUCGCAGCAGCUGCAGUCCGAAAGUCACUUGCCGCCUUCAGAAGUCCCAGUCGCGUGCCACUGACCAUUGGGAUUCUCAAUUCCCGACCAGACCCUACCGACUUCAAGUUAUCAUACAAUGCGUUUCUAGGCCCUGAUAUCGUCUCAACAUCGUGGGCCGAUCUUCGUGUAUACCAAAAUGACUGGGGCAUAUUGGGGGGCGUUGAAUCCUUCAGGACGCCUGGUGAGGGUGCUGAUGGUGUUAUUGUGGUUUUCCCUCGCCUGAAAGACGGUGGUUUGGAGGUUACUGUGGCAUUAGAACUUGGUGCGAUGGAGAGAUUGCUCCGGGAUGAGCAGUUCAACAGCACUGCUCAGCUUUGGGCUUAG